AUGCUAGCUCAACAACAACCACAACCAGCACAACAACCAGCACAACAACAGAUGCAACAAUCACGAAAACCAAAGAAUAAAAAGAAGCAAUCAUAUUAUGAAGAACAAGUUAGAACUCUUCCAAGUGGAGCACCAGUUGAUUUUGGUCAUGGUAAGAAAUCAUCAUCUAAACCUAAAUCAAAAUCAAAAUCAAAAUCAAAUUCCUCAACAACAACAACAACAACAACUACAAAUACAACUACAACAUCAUCCUCAAAUUUUAAGUUGACUGCAUCUCCAAGUUUACCAAGUGGUGCUAAACCAAAUUUCCAACCCUAUAAAUCAACGUCAUCACCACUUUCACCACCUUCAUCUACAAUUCCUGAAUCCAAUAUUACAUCUACAACUUCAAAACCAUCAAAUGGUGGUAAUAAUAAUAAUAAAAAUCAUCAUAAUCGUCAUCAAAGUAAUCACAAUAAUUAUGAUGAUAAACAUCCUCAAUUAACAUUACCUAAUGGUAAAAAACCAAAUUUCUUUAACAACAACAACAACAACAACAACAACAAUAACAAUAACAAUAACAAUAACAAUAACAAUAACAAUAACAAUACUAUACCAUUUGAUUCAUCAAUAAAUUUAAUUAGAAAACAAUAUAAUAAUCCAAAUACAAAAGCUAUAAAAGAGAAAAAAAUCGAUAACAAUAUUAAUACUUAUUAUGCUGGUUCAUCAUUUCAUUCAUCACCUAAUGCUUUAAAUUUACCUAAACCUUCAUUUAAACUAAAUAAUGGAUCUCCUAAACAAUCUACUGGAUUAAAAGAUUUUUAA